AGGGAGAGAGGCCGGGCUGAGCUCUGCCCUCUUUCAUUCAUUCAAGGGAACUGCUCCCCCUCCCCCCACUCCGUGGAGGCAGCUCAUGCUCAGCACACACAACCGGAGUGGGGGCUGAAGGAGCUACUGUUGCAGCCGCCGCCGCGGGGCUCCAGCGCCCUCCUCCAGAGCGAGGGACGGGGGAAGCCCCCCUGGUCUUUUUUGGGGCCCCCAGAACUGCGCAGCUUGCAGAGCGGAGACAGCGGCGGGCCCGGUGUAGUAUCACUUUGUCAUAUUCAUCAACGAGUGGUACACUAUGCAUCUGAGCAUGCUCCAAAGCAUUGGAGCAUGCUUAGUAUGGUUAAAUGAAGCUCCUUUUCGUUUUCUGCCAAAAACCCCUAUCAGAUUUUCAUUUCUGAUUAAAAUAUCAAAGAGAUGCAAUCCAGAUUCUGCAAAAAAAAUCACAUGUGAUUGGAUGUGCAAUUAUGUAACAAAAUUACUCUGAAACCUAAAGAAGAAUGACUACAAUGGUGCAUCUCAAGGAUGAAUGUUAAUUUCUGUGAAAGGCCUAGAGAACUGGCAAGAAGCGAGCAGGAAGGAGACUGAGCAUGAGCUGUGACACGGAAGUUUAUCAGGAAAGAGGAGGAGGAAGUACUGAAACCUGAUGGUGUCGGGGAGAAUAACAAACUAGCCUAUCAGAAAACCCUACAGUGUCCCACUCGUUGAUGAAUAUGACAAAGUGAUACUACAGGGGCCAUUGGUGGGGCUGAGAGCAGCUGAGACAACCCUUCCUCCAUCGACUCCACCACGCUGCCUUCGCUGGCUCCAUCCACUGCACAGACGACGUGACAGGCGGCAAGAGCCCCUCCAGGCGGGGCUGGCGACUGCUGCUGCCCGGCAGCCUCCCGCUCACGGCCCCUUCCAGAACCUCUAACGGGAACAGACAGCAGGCCAGCCACUGAGCUGGCUUCUCCUGAGCCUGGCCUGGCCUGGAUGUGGCCCGAUUCCGUCUGUGGCCCCAAAAAGACAAAAUAUGCUGCUCUGUGGAAAGAAACUCCCCAAGAGCCGAAGACACUGGCCUUGAACCCCACAUCACAAAAGUGAAUCGGCUUCACUGGGCUUCGGUUUCCAGAGGUGUCCUCGUGGGGAGCCACAGUCAUGGGCUUGGAAGUGGUUUGAAUGUGCAGUGUGGACGCAUUGGCCUGAACAUAGCAUCCCACCGGCGCUUCUGGGUUCUUCUUUCCCCAGAACCCAUCUUGCAGGAUGAUCGCCCCGAAGCCUUUGUGUGCAUGUCUCCGAUUCCCCCAGCGGCACACAUCGGGGGUGAAGCGCAGUAGCCACAACUGUCUCCACUGACGCCACCUUCCGGGAUUCCCUGCCAGUGCUGGCCAAUGGCCGGCUUCUCCUCGCAGGCCCCGGCUCCCCUGUGCUGGACGGGUGCCCGUGGAGGACUCCAGGACUGACCACUCGGCUCUUCUUUGGCUGCCCGAGAACAGGAGCGUCCCCACGAUGCCUCUGGAGUGGCUGAUGAGCUGGGGCGGGUCCCUCGACGGGCUGCGGGACUUGAUCGGCACGGGGAUCCAGUCCGUGCGGGACUGCGACACGACGGCACUGGGCACGGUGGCCUUCCUCCUCACCCUCUUUGUGUGGUACUGUUACCACGUUGGGCGAGAGCAGCCCCGCCCGUUUGUCAUGGUGAACUCGCUCAUCCAGGGCUCCGACGCCAACGGCCUGCAGAACGGCUACGCCCACUGCCACUCCCCAGAGUGCGUGCGCUGCGCCCACAGCGACGGCCUGAACCAGAAGCUGUAUCACAACCUGCAGGAGUACGCCAAGCGCUACUCCUGGGCGGGCAUGGGCCGCAUCCACAAGGGCAUCCGCGAGCAGGGCCGCUACCUGAAUGGCCGCCCCUCCAUCCAGAAGCCAGAGGUCUUCUUCCUGCCCGACCUGCCAACCACCCCCUACUUCUCCCGGGAGGCCCAGAAGCACGACGUGGAGCUGCUGGAACACAACUUCCAGACCAUCCUGGGCGAGUUCGAGGCCCUCUACAAGGCCUUCUCCAACUGCAGCUUGCCCCAGGGCUGGAAGGUCAACAGCACGCCCAGCGGGGAGUGGCUGACCUUCUACCUGGUCAACCAGGGGGCCUGUGUGCCCCGGAACUGCCGCAAGUGCCCGCGGACCUACCGCCUGCUGGGCAGCCUCCGCACCUGCAUCGGCAACAACGUCUUUGGGAACGCCUGCAUCUCCGUGCUGACCCCCGGCACUGUCAUCACAGAGCACUACGGCCCGACCAACAUCCGCCUCCGCUGCCACUUGGGCCUGAAGACGCCCAGCAACUGUGAGCUGGUGGUGGGCGGGGAGCCCCAGUGCUGGGCCGAAGGGCGCUGCCUCCUCUUCGACGACUCCUUCCUGCACACGGCCUUCCACGGAGGUGUGACUGAGGAAGGCCCCCGCGCUGUCUUCAUGGUGGACCUGUGGCACCCCAACGUGGCUGCUGCUGAGCGCCAGGCCCUGGAUUUUAUCUUCGCUCCAGGACGAUGAGGUGAUCUCCCUGGCGUAGCAGGCUGGGGGGCAGGCCGUUGGCCCAGCGGGACCCCCUGAACCUGCCCGUCCUGGUGCAGCCAUGUGCGCGCAUACACACACACAGGGUGUGGGGCUUGCUCCUUGCACCUGACUUUGGUACAGGAAUAUGUACAUUUUUGUACAUGGAAAUGUCCCCACCCCAUCUGCAGUCUUCUUUCCAUCCUUUGCUCAGGGGGAGGGAGGGAGGGGCUUGGGGGGCACCACCAUUCCCCACCCUGCCCCCCUUUCACUCUGUGGUUAAAGGCACAGUGCCACUGUUGUGUGUGUGUGUGUGUGGUGUUGCUCCCUGUGUUUUGCAGUGUCCAGAGCUUCAAGUCUGAGAACAACCCUCGGGGUUUCUUCUCAAUGAAUGUAGCCAUGUCACCUUUCCUGUGGCACCCCCCGCCCCCGGCAAGAAGAACUCACAGAAGGAGGAGAUUGGGGGGUGGGUAGGACCCAGCUCCUUACUGGCUGGUGCUCAGGACAGCCCAGCAACCCCCCCCCCCCCAUGGCUGCAGUGCAGCAGAGGCCUUGUCCAGUGUCUCCACGCUGCUUGUGGGGGGGAAGAGCCUUUCGAGUGCAGAACGAGAGAUGCAGGACCCUCCCCGGCUGAGCCCUUUUAUUCAGCUUUGCACCGGCUUGCUUUGUGCCUUCUGUCUCUGUGGCUCCAGCCCCCUGCUUUCUGCUCUUGCAUCAGGGUGUCCAGCAGCUGCAGUGCUUACUGGGGGAGGGAGGAUGGCGUUGGGCAUGCUGGGUUACCAGCGGGGGGGGGCUGCUGGGCGCCCACUUGUGCCCUCUUUCUGGGAGCCACUGGCGGCUGAGGCAUCUGGCCUUCUACUGCCAGGACUAGCUUUCAUACUCACCCUCUUUGUGGAGGACAGAGCAGGGGGGGGGGGGGAGACGGCCAUGCAUGACUUUUCACCCCCCCGCCCGACUGAGUGGCUGGAAGGAGUCCUGCACCCAAGCAAGACAGCCCCGUGAAGCGUGUGAUGGCUCCGUAACAUUUGUGCCAGCGACAGCCAAGGCUCUCCAAUAAAGCAGUUGUGCUCAAAGAC